AUGGAUAGUGGGAUGCCAACACCUCCUGUGGAGGACAAUAUUAAACCUUCGACGUCGUCGAGGAGGAGUACAACUUUUAGUAAUAAGGUAGUCAAGCCUAUACAUCGAGGCGGAAAGCGAGCAGCCAGCCAUUCCUCACAUUCUCCCACUCACGACCACCCCCCACCCCUAUCGCCACAUGCUGUCGACAACAGGCAUAAGCGAGUUUGGAAGGCGUGUGAACGAUGUAGAAUGAAGAAGACCAAGUGUGACGGAGAGUUUCCGUGUAAGAGGUGUAAGGACGAUGGUUUAGUAUGCACAGCAGGUACACGAAAGAAGACUGAAUACAAGCAAUUACCCAGAGGAUAUGCCGAAGUUCUGGAAAAUACCCAAUUCGCUUUAAUUGCUACCGUUCACAAGUUGUACGCUAUGGUCAGGAAUGGCCAAUCUUGGGAUUUAGGGGAGCCAGAGCUCAACGAUAGGGGUCAACCUAUCAUCCACAACAUUGCGACCAAGCUCGGGUGUAUUCGACCUAAUGCAGACGCCGACCUCCCACCUCACUCGGUCUUUCCUGAGGACGAAGCGGGCCUAGCAAAGUUGGCAGCCGAAUUAGAUGUUCAGCAAAGAGAGAGGGAAAAGGAGACACAUGCGACGGAACACCGAUCGGAGACGGAGUCGAAUUGUACGAGAACGGACCGGGCAAGCUCCUCGGAGCUCGACCAUUCAGACUUCGAGCAAGAUUAUAGGAAAGCGAUAUUAGGUAACCAGAACCUACAGACCAUGUCACCACAGAGCUUCACGUCAUACGACGUCGAUGUGAAGACGAUGCAAUCCGAUGUCGAGUCGAGAAGUCUCUUCGCUGUCCAAUCGCCUUCUAUCCCCACAACUUACCCAGCGUGGAAUAUGAGCAGACCGAGUUCUAUGGACUUAACACCACAAUAUAUGCAGGGUAUGGAUAUGGAUAUGGCAGAAAUUAUGCUCAGCCAAGGGUUAGUCGAAUCCGAAUUUGGGACGAUCAAGCCUCACAUGAUACAAUGUCCGAAUCCAGAAGUUAUGUUAGGGGUAGGGGAUCCGAUGAUCUACUCCGGGUACAAUAUGGAAUCAUUACGAUCAUGA